UUCCUGAUAGGGUGGUGAAAUUUUAUUUUCGAAUUUGCGCGUUUUCGAUGUUCCCUCAUAUUAAUUUACAUUUGAGUACAGUUAACAUUUGCGCCAUCUCUAUUCAUUAACAUUCUGCUUCAGCCCACUUCCCUAUGCGAAGAAAUUCGUUAACAGUGCUGCCAAAUUUGUCCUUAAAUUUCCGCGCUUAGUUUACCGCUACUUUUUUGACGUUUCCGCUCAUUUUUUUGUGUGCUGCUAAUUACUAAGAAUGGAAAUUAAAAAUUCUGCAGAUAUUCGUAUCCUUUUCAAUAAAAAUAGCUUACAUUUUCAUUGAAGCACGGUUUACUUAAUAUUUCUUUCUUCUUUUCACACAGCACCACCAUUUGAUCGAAUAUUCGACCAUUAUCGAAGUUUCAACGCAGUACAAUCGUCCCUUUUAAAUGUGUUGCUACACACCAACAGAUCGGUGGUACUUAGUGCACCCACUGGUUCUGGCAAGACAGUAGCCUUUGAGCUGGCCAUCGUGCGUAUGUUAAUAGAUCAUCCAAAUGACACCAAAAGCGCUCAGGAGCAUUCCACCAGAGUAACACCACACAAAGCGGUGUAUGUGGCACCAAUUAAGGCACUUUGCGCUGAACGAUUUGAUGAUUGGAAGUCUCGUUUCGAAAAGCUAGGCAUAGAGUGCGCACUGAUAACGGGCGAUAGUGAUUUGGAUGAACUGGCACGUUUACGCAGUGCUCAAGUGAUUAUCACUACACCAGAGAAAUGGGAUUCGUUAACACGUCAUUGGCGUGAUUGUCGUGAUGUUAUCGGCUCUAUACGGAUUUUUCUCAUAGACGAAGUGCAUUUGUUAAACGAAGAUGUGCGUGGCCCAGUGCUAGAGGCUAUAGUUUCACGUAUGCAUACUAUUGCACGUGAUGCUUUGAAUAAACCGUUGCGUUUUGUUGUUGCUUCAGCUACUAUACCAAAUGUACAUGACAUAACAUGUUGGAUUACAGGUAUUGUUGACAACAGUAACAGUAACAACAGCUUCAACAAUAUUAAACAUGAAAAUGUCGCGGAGUUGGUUUACUCAGAUGCAGAUCGCCCUGUGUCAUUGGAGAAACAUGUGUUGGGCUUCAACUGGAGUUUACGUGGUUUUAAAUUUGACAUGAGUCUCAAUUAUAAGUUAAUGGACAUAUUGCGCAAAUAUUCCGAUUGUAAAGCUACUUUGAUUUUUUGCAAUAGUAGAAAAUCUGCUGAAAUGGCGGCAACUGUUUUAGAAAAAAAUAUUACAUCACAUUUCGCACUCAGUGACCAACAAAAGACAAAUCUUACACAACUUGCACAAGAUUUGCACGACAAUAAACUGCACAAAUUGAUUGCACAUGGCAUCGCAUACCACCAUGCCGGCAUGAGUUUUAGUGAUCGUAACAAAGUUGAGGAGAGCUUCCGUCAGGGUAACUUAAUGGUUUUGCUCUGCACCAACACUUUGGCAAUGGGUGUCAAUUUGCCAGCACGCCUUGUGGUCAUCAAGUCAACUGAGUAUUAUCACCUUGGUAAUAUGAUGGAAUAUCCAGAGAGUACUUUGCUACAAAUGAUUGGACGCGCUGGACGACCACAAUACGAUACAAAAGGUGUCGCUGUGAUUCUGACACAUAUGAGGAAUGUGGUGAGUUGA